GCUACCGUGUCGAAAGCACCACAUCCGCUGCCGUGAGCGACGGCUUUCCUGGACAGAAUGACGCUCUGCGAGCCACUAUUGGUAUCGCUGCCAUCAGCACUGCCAGUAGCGCUACUCGUUAUUACGACUCGGUUCGCAUGCUACUUCGACACAUAAAGUACAACGAGUAUCUAGCUGGAAACUCGCCACAGUUGACUAACCGGAAUUUUGAUCUCCUACUAGCCACUCAUGAAUAUCAUCAUCUCAACGAAAAUUCGGAAGUGUUAACAGGAGCACGAGUUCACCGAGUUGAACGAAGUAUGCCCAAAUCGUCUGAAUCGUCGUUACAUGUCGUUAACAGCAACAAUAGCAAUAAGCCGUACAAAAAUACGUCGGCAACGGGAGACGAGAUACCUAGUCGACGUAUCGCUAUGUCCUUGUCAGAUGCCACAAACGAAACGGCGAACGCGACGCCAGGCGUAGGACCGUCAACCAGUGCCAUAGUACCUGGCGUUGUAUCUGGUACGGACGUUAACCAGUCAAGUAUUAAUAGUAAUCAAACAGAUUAUCACCUCGAACAUGCCAUCGAUGUAUCCAGAGCCAUUAUACUGGGCUGCAUCCUUGGUACAAUAAUAGCUACGGCAGUGUUCGGUAAUCUUCUCGUGAUGGUAUCCGUCAUCAGGCAUCGGAAACUCCGCAUCAUCACAAACUACUUUGUGGUUUCUUUGGCCCUGGCAGAUAUGCUCGUUGCCAUGUUUGCUAUGACCUUCAAUGCAAGUGUUCAAAUUACAGGCCACUGGCUCUUUGGCUAUUUUAUGUGCGACGUUUGGAAUUCGCUCGACGUAUACUUUAGUACCAGUUCCAUUCUUCAUCUCAUGUUCAUAUCUGUAGAUCGAUACUACGCGAUCGUCAAACCAUUGAGUUAUCCAAUCAGUAUAACAAAACGCGUUGCCAUAUAUAUGUUACUCGCCUGUUGGCUAUCACCAGCAAUAAUAUCGUUUGUACCAAUUUUUAAUGGAUGGUAUACAACCGAAGAGAACGAUCAUUUUCGACACACUCAUCCAGAUCAAUGCAUGUUCAAGGUCAAUAAAGGCUAUGCUAUAUUGUCAUCUAGUAUAUCCUUCUGGAUACCUUGUACUAUAAUGACGCUAACAUAUCUAGCGAUAUUCAAAGAAGCAAAUCGUCAAGAAAAACAGAUGCACAGUCGAAUGGGUAACGCCAUGUUACUAAGUCAUAGGCCCAGUAGGGAUUUAAACAACGUCAACGGUGAACUCAAUAGUGGGGGCGGUUCUUCAAAAACAUUAACCCUUAAUGAGGUCAGCGGAGCUGUAGAACAUUUACACACGCCAACGAAGGAUAAAAAUAUAAUUAAGAUGAAACGCGAACACAAAGCAGCACGUACUCUAGGCAUCAUUAUGGGUACCUUUAUUUUGUGCUGGUUGCCCUUUUUUCUAUGGUACGUAACGACGUCGCUUUGCGAUGUUGAGACUUGUCCGUGCCCAGAUAUCGUCGUAUCGAUCCUUUUUUGGAUAGGAUAUACCAAUUCAGCCCUAAAUCCGCUUAUAUAUGCCUAUUUCAAUCGAGAUUUCCGGGAGGCCUUCAAAAAUACGUUACAAUGCGCAUUUUGCUCACUUUGUCGGAGGGAACCGUCGGACCUUGAGGCGCUCGACUUCCGUAGACCGUCACUGAGGUACGAUGACCGCACGAAGAGCAUAUACUCGGAAACCUAUGUAAAACAUAACGACCGAAGAACGUCGAGUGAAUUCGGCAGCAGUCUCUGAGAUCAGAAGAAAUUCGGGUCUACUCUCUGCCCAAAAGUGCAAAAGCAGUUGUGUGACCUAGAAAAUGAAUUAUCCCCCCCGAUUGUCAUCGUCGUACCUUCAUCUUCUUGAAUUCUCUCUUAAUAUAGUGCAAUAAACAGUAAAUUUUUUAUUUUGGACGCGUGCAUGUGUGUGUCAAUGAUCUUUAUAUAUAAUAAAUGAUUACAACACAAUAUUAUGCGUAUU